AUGUCGGAUCGCGUAUCAUUCGAAUGCUCGACCCCUCAGCACUUGAACGAAUUUGUAUUUGAAUUCAAUCCAGUUGAUGCCGACAUAAAUCCAAAACGUGAACUGAUUGAAUCUUCGGAAUCCAUUGAUUCUAAAUUGAUGGAACUGUUUUCAUAUAAAGGCGAGACUGAUUAUGACGGUGGAUAUACGUGGAACAAAAGCAGACUAGCCACCAUGCUCCGUGGUUCAUGUCAAUGGGAGAGAUAUUUGAAGAGUUUGAACAUUACAUUAGUACAACUUGAAAAACUUUUCAAUCUGAUCCAGAAAUUCCUCGAUUUCCGUCAAUUGAGAACAGACUUUCUCGUGAAUGGAUCGACGAAUGCAAAGUUUGAAGGCUCAAAGUUCGAAUCGAAAGAAAUGGAAUAUGAAUUGGACAAAGUGAUCAGUCAAUUCAUUCAUGAAUUCUCUACGACUGGUUAA